AGUAUUUAAACGAAUCGCCUGCGAAAUAUAUGCACAAGUGCUAAAUAUGUUCUGGUUGCUACUUGUGGGUUUUUUUGCGGUGUUGGAGUGCACGGCUGGAGACAUUCUGGUCACGACUCCCAAAGGAACAGUGCGAGGCAGGUCGCUGCUGAGUCCAGCAAACCGGACUUUCUAUGGAUUCACUGGAAUUCCUUUUGCCAAGCCGCCAGUAGGCGAGCUGCGUUUUCAAGCUCCAGUUGAAGCAGAUCCUUGGGAAGAAAUCAUCGACGCAAUUGCGGAUCCCGAUAAGUGCUUCCAAGUGAACAGCGAUUCCGACACGGAAAACGAAAAUUGUUUGUACGUGAAUGUUUUCACUCCGCAGCUGGAAUUGGCCGACAGCAUCACAAAACUGCCAGUGGUUCUAGGAAUCUAUGGAGGAUCCUUCCGCAGCGGAUCUGCUGGAUAUGGGCGUGGCGGACCUGAUUGGUUCAUUGAAAGAGACAUUGUGGUAGUGAACUUCAACUAUCGAGUGGGACCCUUUGGGUUCCUGUCCACUGGAGACACAGUGAUUCCUGGCAAUGCGGGCCUUAAGGACCAACAGCUGGCCCUGCAAUGGACCUACGAAAAUAUCGAGCUGUUUGGAGGCAACAAGAGCCACAUCACCUUGCAGGGACAAAGUGCUGGCGGAGCUUCCGUUACUUAUCAACUUUUGAAUCAGAAAUCGGCCGGCAUGGUAAAGCAUGCUUUGGUUGAAAGUGGGUCAGCGCUCUGCCCGUGGGCCUGGACAAGGGACAACUUGCCCUACACUAUCAGAUUGGCCAAAACUGUUAAUGAUGGCGUUGCUCUUACCAACACGUCCACAGCGUUUCUUCUGGAGUUUCUUCAAAGUGCUACCGCUCGCCAAGUGGAUGCUGCUUCAGCAGCUUUGUAUUCUUCAGGUAUUCCUUUGCCUACCUUGGAACCGGAGCAUGAGGGGGCGUUCAUCACUCAACCAAUGUACGAGUUGGUGGAGGCUGGGGAUGUUGUGAAAGUGCCCCUUUUCAUCGGCAUUAAUUCAGAGGAAUAUAUUGGCAAAGCUGCAAAUAUCCCAAGUCUGCAGGUAGAGGCUCAGGGCUACGACCAAAAGCCUCUUUCCAUCGUUCCAUGGCAAUUCGACGAAGAAUCCGAGGAAAACAGACUGGCAAUAGCCAAUCUAAUCAAGGGAGCUUACGUGGGAGAGGACACUUUUGCACAAAAGCUGGGCUCAACUGUUUCAUACGACAGUGACUCAGUUUUCACAAAAUCCAUCAUCAGGUUCGCGGAACUCUACGCCAAAUACAGCCCAGUGUACUUUUAUCAGUUCUCCUAUAAAGGUGAAAUGGGGAUUUAUCAGUAUUCUAUUGAAGGUGCCGAUAAUGUUGCGCAUGGAGAAGAAUCCCAUUAUUUAUCCAUAACGAAGGCGGGGUCUUUCGACAAUACGAAGUAUGACAAUUUUCCAGCCAGCGAUGUAAUCACGCAUUGGAGGCUCAUUGAAUUGUGGUCCAACUUCUACAAAUAUGGAAAUCCCACUCCAGAGCCCGUGGAAUUGCUCUCCAACUUAAUUUGGCCCGUCGUCUCUGAAGAUAACUUUGUCUACUUGAAUAUCAACGAAACGUUGGAACUGAAAGACACCCCAAAGUCGCCACGUUACAACGCUUGGAGAAGCGCAUUCAAUAAUUACGGCCAACGUCCCUUUAUUGUUUAUUAAUUACUGAAAUAAAAAAUUGAUAAAAAAAUAAA